AAGGCUGAUUCUGAGAAGGGAGAUUACUCUGCUUUGUUGGUAGAUCUAUGUAAAUAACAUAUAUCAAUAAGAAGAAGUUCCAAGAACUUAGAAGGUCUCUCCAUUAUUAGAUCUUGUGUAGAUGAGAUUUGGACCUGAGUCUAUCUGCUGAGUAGGCCUACAUAAAUAAAUACACCAAAAAAAGAUUUUAAUGGAGUUGCCUCAUCUGGGUGCCAAUUGCAAUGUAGAGUCUUGUAACCAGCUAGACUUUCUUCCAUUUCAAUGUGAUGGAUGUGGUAAAAUCUUUUGCCAACAUCACAGAUCAAGGGACCAGCACAACUGUACAGCUCCUGAAAUUCAGUUGCCGGAAUUCAAGGGAGAGAAAUCCUAUGCCUGCAGCAUCAAAGAAUGUCAGAGGCGAGAGCUGACACCUAUUCUUUGUCAACACUGUGAACUUUGUUUUUGUCUAAGUCAUAGACUCCAGAAUGACCACAACUGUGUUAAACUGCCAGAGAAAUGUGCUAAAACAAAAACAGCUGAACACAUUCAACAGUUGUUAGCUCAGAGCAAGCCUAAGCCUAGACCAAUACCAACAAAUCCUAAAGCCAUUCAAAUGAAUGCAAAAAUUGCUUUAAUGAAACUCAAAGGCAAAGCUGCUGGUGACAAGGGUAUACCACAAAGUGAACGAAUCUACUUUAGUGUUUGUCUGCCUCUAGAUGUCAAGAAACCUCCAUGUGCCUUAUUUUUCUCACAGAGCUGGAAGGUUGGUCGAGUGAUUGAUUUUAUUGCUGAUCAAGCAUUCAUUACGAAUAAAAAUAACACAAAUGCAGAAAAGAAGUUAUGUUUGUUUCAUGGUGAUACAGGAGUGAAAUUUCCUGCGAGUGAGACAAUACAGGAUAUCAUGAGCACAGAUUAUCUACUACUCAAUGGAUCAACUGUUAUCCUGGAACAAGUCUCAGAGGAUGUAGAGCAGUUAGUGACAUUAGAUGUGUAUAAGAGUUUCUAAUAGGAGAGAUCUAAUAGCAUUUUUGCCUUUUAUAAACUUUCCUAAUCUAACAAAAAAUCUCUUGUUGAAUUUUUUGUGUGUACAUACACAUUUAUUGAAGAUAUUAAUGCAUCCACAUUAAAACAAAAUUUUAUAAGCAAGAAAACACACACACACAGAAAACAAUUAACCAUUGUUCAAAUUUUAAGAACUUUUUAUAGUUAAACCAUCAGACAAACCAAAAAGAAAUUUUAAAAAAUUAUAUAUUUAGCUAGUAUUUGGUGUAUCACAUGAAUAAAGGAAGGGUUUAGAUGAGCAAAAUGGAUUUGGUAAAAAUUUAGUUGGUAACAGAAAUUCAGUUAAGCAUCUUUGACAUUGUUUAUUUAUCCUGAAAAUCCCACCAAAAAGAAAAACAUUUGAGAUAUCUAGUGUUCUUUUUUUUUAAAGUAGCAUCACUUAACUACAAAACAAUAAUUCUUAAAUCCAAAACGUGUACUGGUUUUCAAUGUGUAAUCCUCAUAUAUUUGAGCAGUAGGCCUAUAUUGAAACAAAAAUGUGCCUUUUACUUCAAAAAAAUUAAAUAACAUCCUUAUGUACAUGAAUGUUUAAAGUAAACAAGUGAGAUUAAAAAAUAAAGUGCAUUUUGUCAAAGGCCAUUGAUAAAAGACUAUCAUAUCAUAUAAAACUAGAGGCCUUAAGUAACUAGCCUACAACAGAACUGGCUUUGUAGCUACUGUGUCUGUAUAUUAUAAUGCUGCAGCCUUAUCAGUAACAUGUUUCCUAGUAUAUAACUUUGACAACAUACAUUUAAUAUUCUGAUAAAGAUUGUCAUAAUACAUCACAAGGAUAGUUACUAUCAUAAAAAUACAUACAAUAUCAAGAUGAAAAAAAGAUAAAAUAAUUUGGUCAUCCUAACAUUGUACAUUAUAAGAAAAUAUGUACAAACAGAUUUUAUAACCUAAAAACAGACAUUCCUGUUGUACAAGAUAUAUGAAGAACACAAUCUAUACAAAAAUAAAAACAAAUUGUUCAAAGGA